GAUGGCCUCUCAAGCUAUUCCCAAAGAUUUAUACACUUAUACAAAUGAUGAAAGGUUGAAUAUUAAUAUCUAUAAGCAAAUAGCUUGUAGUUGAUGAUUUAUGCAAUAAAAGGAAAUCAUGUUUGCAAAGAUUAAAGAAAGAGUUUUAAUUUAUGUAGAUCUACUCCACUUGGAAAGUAUGUUGAACCUGAAUUUUGUAAAGACAAUGCAUUAUCAAUGAUUGAUUGCUUUUUGAAAGUGUAAUGAAAUUGUUUAUAUUAAAUUAUGUAGACAAAGAAAUGCUAAAUGUAACUAAUCCUUUUAGAAGGUGUUUGACAUAGCAAAAACAGGGUAGUAUGCUUAAGAAAGUUUAGAGGAAUAUUUGAAAUGUUGAUU